AUGCUCCUAACCCAAUCCCAAGUCUCCGUCUUCAUCUCCGCCGUUACCAUCUUCUUCUUCACCCUCGCUCUCUUUCUCUCCGGCUAUGUCCUCCAACAAAAAACCCUCACCAACCUCCGCGCCGCCAUCCGCCCCUCCCAGCUCUCCACCCCCUCCGACUCGCAUUUCUACAACCCCUCCCCGGACGAUGCGCCUUCACCCCUCCCUAACAUCUCUCCCCGCGACUCAAGUCAACUUAUCGAAGUAACAACCACCCCGCAAACCAACUACCUCACCUUCAUAACCUCCUACCUCCCCUCCUCCGGUAAACCUACCACCCCACGGCGUGGCGGCGGAGUCGUCAGCACAGCGAAUAAGAUGAUUCACCGAUGGAUCGCGCGGGUGCGCGGCGAAGAGAUAGAGGAAGAGGAGGAAGAUGAUGAGAGUAUACCGAUAGAGCAACUAUCGCGGGCAGCGAGGCGGAGGAGGAUUAAGGCGCAGAUACGGACGGAGGGGGAUGGGGAGGAUGUAGAUUUUAGUAGGGUUUAUAGGCCGAGGAAGAGGGUGUGGUGA